AACGUCAUUCCCAAUUUAGGGUCAUACUGGAACCUGCACGUGUGUCAAACCGCUAACAUUUAUAUUAUUCGUUAGUUUUACUGAAAAAAAUGACCCGCCAGGCGGAAAUUGUUAAACGCCUCCGGGAGGAAUACGAAGCGCUUCACGGUGUGAAAAAGAAGCCAAAGCCAAAGGCUAAGCAGGACCUGCUUAAAGUUGCUAAGAAUUUUCAGCAGCGUGUUCUACACCUGCUGACCAAACACAAAGUUCCUUACACUAAAAAAGAAGAUGAGGAGACUUACGAGGACUAUUUGCUUCCGGACAAAAAAGGAGGGACAAAGAAAAAGAACAAAAAAUUGAAGCUUCCUUCAAAGAAGACUGCCAAUUCCGACGACGGGGAUGUGAACGAACGUAUCGCUUCCAUCAAAAACAAGCUGCGCCAGAAGAAGAAACCGACCACGGAAAAGCAGCAAAAACGUCGGGAGGCCAAAAAACUGAAGCGCAGCAAGGGUGUUCAGAAGCUGCUACUCUCGUCGGCCAAAAAUCUUAAAAACGAAAAUGUCAAGCAGCAGAAACUUAAGAAAGGAGUGAUCAAAAGCGAGCAGGAUGCCGACCAGGAAGACAGCAAGGGGCAGAUUAAGUCAGUAAAGGUGCAGCCAGUUUACAAUCAGGAAGCAAAAAUCGUCUACUCCAAAGUAGACUUUGCGGCGAAUCCCGGUGGAAAGACCAAGAAAUCCCACAAAAAUCCCAAGGAGAUACUGAAAAAGUUGCGUGACACCAAGAAGCAACUUACCGAGCUACGGGAACAGGGGGAUACAGAGAAGGCUGCGGAAAUGCAGAAUGAUAUCGCUUGGCGCAAGGCCUUUGACAAAGUGGAGGGUAAGAAGGUGAAGGAUGACACCAAACUCCUCCAAAAGGCCAUUAAGAAGAAAACUAAGGAGAAGAAGAAGGCUAAGAACAAGUGGACUGAACGCAAACAGAAGGUGGAACACGACAUAGCCAAGCGUCAGAAGAAACGCCAAGAGAACUUGGACAAGCGCAGCAAGGACAAGAAAAAGAAGAAGUUGAAGACGGCGGCCAAGAAGGGUCGUAUAAUUCCUGGUUAUUAAAUAAUAUAAGUUUAAGAUUUCUAGAAUCUUAGCAAAAAAUAGUAUAUUUAAAGAAAUUAAAAUAUCUUUGGCUUAAC